ACAACAGUUAUCACAUAAUUUUCGUGUCUGACGUAACGGUCGUCUGAGAGCGGCCGUCAUCAGACCAUUCAUAAAAAGGAUCUCUCCUCGUGCUUUGUGCAUUAUCGGUCACGAUGGAACAUCGUGAAUGCGCUGGGUUAUUUAGCAAUUAAAGUUAUUGUUUGCAAAUAACCAAAGCGCGACCGAUUACCUUCUAACUCCACUAAUUAGUGAAACAGUGAUUUUCAAAGUGAAAAUGCAGUGUUUUGGUAGGUGCAUAACUCAGCCCCGGUCGAAUCUUGGCCGAUUGCGGUUUUUCACCCGGGGCUACGCGCAAUCAUCCCCCGCCGGGCCUCCGGCAAAACCACCCCCGGGCUCGAUGAAAAGAAUGUGGAAACGACUCUUCGGGCGGUAUCUUCUAGUCACAAACACUAUCAGUUCCGGACUGCUGAUGAUGCUGGGCGAUGUCGUGGCCCAGAAGAUCGAAAUGAAGCGCGACGGAAGCAAACAGCGGGAGCUCGAUUGGUAUCGAUUGGGUUGCAUGACUCUCGUUGGUAUCUCACAAGGACCGCUGCACCACUAUUUGUAUUUGUGGAUGGAUCGUGCCCUGCCUGGAACGGCCAUCAGAACAGUAUUGACGAAGAUCGGUAUCGAUCAGUUCGUGAUAUCUCCAAUAUUUAUUACUACUUAUCUGUACAGUGCGGGUAUUUUGGAGGGAAAUAGCGUAAGGGCAUGUACCGACGAAAUAACGGACAAGUUUGCGACGAUCUACGUCGCGGAUUGGUUGGUUUGGCCUCCAACACAGUUCAUCAACUUUUACUGGCUGAGUCCCAAGUAUCGAGUUCUGUACAUUAAUGGCAUCACGAUGCUCUACAAUAUUUUCCUUUGCUACAUCAAACAUAACGACGAUUUGCGAAUCAGAUUCGAUAAAAGUGAUAGUGCAACAAAGUGAUUAGAUCUUAAUAGGGGAUGGGUUUCUUUCCGUUAAACGUACUUACAAGAACACAGUUCAAUUUUGUUUGAAAAUA